UAUCCAAACUUUUUUAAAUUCCUUAACCAUAGACAAAAUUCUAAGAGCUUCAUCAAAACGUCUUUUACAAAAAGUGCUUCUCUAACCCCAACCUCCAAACACUACACUACACUAUUGGCGCGUCAUCUUCAACCACUCCGCUGCGUCGUGCAUCCAUUCAUCCUGAACGGCGGACGAUGAAAGGAACGGCGGCCGAAGUUGCAAUCUUCGCCGACACAAAUCUCGGCACUCGCAUUGCUUUCAAUUCCCCUUUCCACAUUACGGCCGGAACACUCAAAAGAGAUUUUGAGAAAGUGCACUUCACUUGUUUACCGGACAUCGGAGAGAUUCAAGUUCAUGGAUUAAUGGUGAGGCGUAAAUCAUGCUUCUACUACCUGCCUGAUUCCUUUCCUGUAAAGAAUGUUUUCCCAACGAUGAGAGAAACGUGGUUUCUUCAUGUGGAAGUAAUGCCUUUAAAAUGUUUGCGAGUUCCGUGUUUACCCUGUGACGCAGCUAUUUCUUUAAAACAACGGGAUUUAAUGAGAUAUAACUGUGAAAAUAAAACAAGAUGCAACAGUGAAGAAAAGAGAGAGAAAGAACUUAAUCCCCGUGCAGAUCCAUCAGAAGAGAAUGAAGUUAUUGAUCAUGUUUUGAAGGAAAAGGGAAAUUCUCAUGAGAAUUCCGAGCAUGGAAAGCCAGAAAGAGACUCCUGCAGAUUUGAAGACAAACCUACCAGUACAGUCAGUAAGAGUCGAUGUGCGAUGCCAGAGACUAAUGUUGUCAGUAAGAGUCAAUGUGCGAUCUCAGAGACUAAUGUUGCCAGUAAGAGUCAAUGUGCGAUGCCAGAGACUAAUGUCGAGUUUCAGGUUGAAUUAUGUGCUAGCUCAGUGCAAGAAACUCCGAGUAAGAUGUCAACACAAGUAAUAUCAGUCUCUGGUAUAAUCAAUAAAUAUUUUUCAGGUUUCAAUGGCAUUGACACAUUUAGCUGCUCUUCAAACUCAGAUGUUACAUCAAGAGUUGUUCAUAGUGAGAUCGAAGUUCAAUCAAACACAGGAGCACAAAGUUACUCAAAGAAACAAGUUGAUUCACUAUCACAGUUCACUCCCAAAACACCUCCACAUGUUCCAUUGCACGUUGAAUUUGUUUCCAAAAAUUCAGGUAGCAAAACUAGGAAACCCAAAGUUGAGAAAUGUAGCAGAAAAAGAAGAUCCAAAGUUGAGAAAUGUAGCAAAAACAGAAGAUCCAAAGUGGGGAAAUUUCUUCUAUCAGCUUCAAAGAGUCUCGGGGCUUCUAAUAAUAAGCAGAGUCCUGCACUCUCUUUAUGUAAAUUCAAAAAUAUAAAACUACUAGAGGAAAUACCUAAAAUUAAUCGUUCGAUAUUUUCCAUAUGUGAUAGUGAUGAUUGACAUUAUUAUCGUGUAGUGUAGACAGUCAAAAAGGUGUAUAUACGAUGUAACCAAUUAUAUUUUGAUCUGUUUAUUUUGGCAACUA